AAAAAGUAAAAGUCUUUCUUCUUUGACUCGUCCUUCCAAAGUGAACAAACAAAAAAAAGAAAGUAAAUUCUGAAGAAAGAGGAAAGAAGAAGAAGAAAGAGGAAAGCUUUGAUUUUGAAGUGCUCAAGAGGAGAAGAGAAGUUGGUUUGUUGUGUUCUUCUGUCAAAGAUUUGAUCUGAGAGUUAGUGAGAUUCGGUUUGGAUUUUAGAUGGUGAAGGAAACAGAGUACUAUGAUGUGCUUGGCGUUAGCCCAACUGCUUCAGAGUCUGAGAUCAAGAAAGCUUACUACAUCAAGGCACGCCAAGUUCAUCCAGAUAAGAACCCUAAUGAUCCUCAAGCUGCACAUAAUUUCCAGGCAAGUUCAGAUGUGUUGGGAGAGGCCUACCAAGUGCUAAGUGAUUCAGCACAACGUCAAGCUUAUGAUUCAUUUGGGAAGUCUGGGAUCUCAACUGAUGCGAUCAUCGAUCCUGCGGAGAUAUUUGCAAUGCUUUUUGGUAGCGAACUUUUUGAAGGAUACAUAGGACAGCUAGCUAUGGCAUCAAUGGCUUCACUUGAUAUUGUCACUGAAGGAGAUAUGUUUGAUACCAAAAAGAUUCAAGAGAAAAUGAGAACUGUUCAGAAAGAAAGAGAAGACAAGCUUGCUCAGAUUCUCAAAGACCGUCUUAACGAAUAUGUGGUAAACAGAGACGAGUUUGUUACUAACGCUGAAGCUGAAAUGGUUAGGCUCUCCAAGGCAGCGUAUGGUGUGGAGAUGUUGAAUACAAUUGGGUAUAUAUAUGUAAGACAAGCAUCAAAAGAGCUUGGGAAGAAAGCUCUACUUCUCGGUGUACCAUUCGUUGCUGAAUGGGUUAGGAACAAAGGUCACUACAUCAAAUCCCAACUCACUGCUGCAACAGGUGCAUUCGCUUUGUUCCAGCUGCAGGAGGAAAUGAAAAAGCAGCUAAAUGGUGAAGUGAAUUAUACGGAGGAGGAGCUUGAAGAAUACCUUCAGUCCCAUAAAAGAGUGAUGGUUGAUUCUCUAUGGAAGCUCAAUGUUGCUGAUAUUGAAGCUACUCUUUCCCGUGUUUGUCAGCUGGUUCUUCAAGAUCCGGAUGCCAAGAAGGAGGAGCUUCGUGCAAGAGCAAGAGGGCUAAAAACUCUGGGGAAGAUCUUCCAGAGAGCGAAGACAGCUAGUGAGAGUGAUCCUUUAACAAGAACUGAACCUGGAAAACUAAACGAGAAUAGAAGGGACUAUGAUGAUGAUACCUCUACUUCUCCAAAGUACAAUGAAGCCUCUCACUCUACUUAUGGUACUCAGGAACAGAAGAGUCCCUACGUGGAGGAACCGAAACUGGGAGAUGAACAAUUCAACUAUUAUUUCCCAAGACCUGCACCACCACCUGGAGUAGAGAAACACACUUCAACUGGCUAUGACUGAUUCAGGUGAGAAUCAGGAGGUGUCUCUUUAGUAUAUACAUAACUCGCAGUUUUAGUAUAUAUUGAUAAUUGCAGUUGUGUGCUGCUAUGUAAAAAAAACUAAACAUUCCUCUUUUUGUUUUGUUUUGUUUUGAGUGUGGAUCUGCGUCUGUUAUUAGAAGAUGAUUUGAUGUUGGAAGUAUAUGUAAAAGCUAUGUUUUGAUAAAAUGUGUUGUUGUACUUGCGACUGUAUCCGUUUGAAGUAAUUUUGUGAAGGUAUAUAUAAUGAGUUUAAAGUACAAAGAACACAAGUUGUGACAAUGACACCAUUAAAAAGAGCUGUUGAUUCAUUGACAUGAUAGUUAAAGGAUUCUGUAUCUGUUUAAAGAUUCCAACACGAUCCUUCAUGAACUGGUUUAUCAGAAUGUCAUAAGCACCAUGA